UCUUAAGCAAGCCACCAGUCUUAAGCUGAAGCAAGGAAAGUGUUUCUGCUCGGAAAAUAGACUCUACGGAAGUUUUGCCUGACUUACUAUUCCAAGUAUAUUCUUCAUUCUUUCAUCUGCUAAGAACUAAUUUUUAAUAUUUGUGAAUCGCCUUUUGCUCAGUUGACCCUUGUCAUGGAGGACAUUAAUCCUGAUCCGCACUUCAAUCUCAAAAGUAUUGAAGAAAGAUUGGAUCGUAUUGAAAAAGAAACAAGGCCGAACACAUGUGGGAAAAAAUUGAAGGUAAUAUAGUUUUUAGACUCCUGUCGAUUUUUAGCUACAACAAAGAAAUGAAUGAUGAAGAUUUUAAGUCUGUUGCCGAAGACUUAUCAUACGUUUUAAUUAAAAAAAAUGGACUUUUGAAAUUUAUCCUAGCCACCCUUGUCGACACCUCAUUCGAAACUGUAGAAACUAUGGACCAACGUUUUCGUGACUUAAGUUAUAUAGUUACUAACGUGCCUGCUAUUUAUUGUGAUCCAGAUGAUUUUUUUGGAAGUCUGUGUAAGCAAGUUAUUUUGAUAUUAUCAACAGGUUAUGCUGACAGACAAAUAGAGCAAUUAGCAACUUACAUAUUUAUCGCCCUUUAUGAGAAAAACCAAUCAUUUGGUAAAGCCGAAACCAUGAAACCCAUAACGGAUGCAAUUUGUUGUAAAGAAAGCUAUUUAACGCUGACCCAAAGCAUUAUUUGUAUCCAUCGGCUUAUCGAUUUGAGUGAUUUUGAUAAACAUCCGUUCAUUCCUGUUUUCCCAAACAUAUUAGCUAUCUAUACUCUUUUAUUUGAAACCGCGUCUCCGAUUGCAACUGCCGCUAAAGAAAUUGCCAUCGAUAUCCUUAAAUAUGUGGAUCAGUCUAAAUACAUAUUGGAUGCCUCUUUAUACAAUCUUAAAAAUUCAAUUAAUUUAUAUUCAACUGGAUUGGUUAAGAUAGGAGAUGACGAAAUGAUAACUGUUAUUCCUAACAGCAACUUAAAUGAUGUAUCUAUGGAUGAUGACAGAGUUCUAGAUGUAAUGGUUGCUGCAAUAUCAGCCGUUCUCGAUGAGUGUCGUGAUGAAUUAAAAUUGGACAUUUAUUUGAUUUUGUAUGAGAAAGGGCAUCUGCCUAGUUUAAAUGCCUUGGUUUGCAUUUCAUUGGCGGAUCCAAUGAAACAGGAUCUUCCAUCCCAUAUUAGAGCGCAUCCAAAUAAAGCCAUUCCAUUUCUCACCAGUGUUCUUCGAAGAAUCACUUCGGAUAGCAGUGGUUCAAUUCAAUCUAUGAUGGAAACGAAGAAUAUGCAAGAAGAGAUACAAUCUGUGCAAGAGAAUAAAAUGCUGGAUAUAAAAAUAUUUUCGGGUUGGGUUCAAGCUGUUUUGAAUCGCUUCGACGUAAAAGAUAGGUUUCAGUUAACUGGCGAAGAAUUAUUAUUACUCAAAAUUUGCAAAGUUUAUUUGACAAAAGUGGUUGCUUCAAUACUCUUAUCCAAAUCGGAGCCGUUGAAAAUUCAAAGACUGAUCGGUGAAAUCAAUCAUCUACAUGAAACUACAAAACACUCAAAAAUUGACCCCGAGGAUAAAUUCGCAGAAGCUGUACACCGCCUCAAGAGUGAGUUUAUGCCACAAAGAGCCCAUGGUUUAGUAAUUCUUCGUAAUUUAAUUGAUGCACAGUAUCAAAAUACAAUUGGUUCCAAGUGUGAGCUAUUUACUCUCAUCAAAGCUUGUCUAAGUGAUCCAGAUUCUUACGUUUAUCUUGCCGCCGUUAACGCUUUAGCAUCUUUAGCAUUGACACACACAGAGAGCUGUCUUCCUACUCUGAUCGAGGCUUAUCAUGACAGGGACAGAUCAGUUAGAGAAAGGGUUUCAGUUGGCGAAUCUCUGGUCUGGGUCUGUAAAUACUUAGGUCAAUUAGCUCAUCAUUACCAUCGUCUAGUGGUAGACUGUUUUCUUACUGGAUUAAGAGAUGAAAACGAGUCCAUCAGAGUUUCAAGUCUUUCCAAUUUGGGUCAAUUUUGCUCUUCCCUGAAAAACGCUCUCAGUUAUUGCAUUAUCGAGAUAGUCUGUGUUGUUAAAUGUCUCCUCAAAACGGAUUCCAGUUUAGAUGUUAAAAGAGCUUGUCUUAUGUUUGUGUAUAUCAUGUUGAAUGGUAUUGAUAAUGCCGAGGUUAUUCUUGAUCACCUCAAACAGAUCUAUCAUAUUAUUAAAGCAAUCGACUUCAAAAGUCUUGGUGAUGAAAUCAUUCGAGUUCACGCACAUCAGGUUUUAAAAGCCAUUGAUAAUGUAAUGAAAAAAUUAAUUACUGACACUAUCAGUCUGAAAGUAUCUGAUAUUCACCUGUAAUUAUGUAAUAUUUCAUUAAAAAUAUGAAAUUUUCUAAAAGUAAACAAAUUUGAAUACAAAUUCAUUCUAUAGUUUGAUUAAAAAUUUGAAAAAUAACCAAUAAUGAACUGAUUUAAUUACAAACUGUAGCAGCAAACAACUGUAGUGUUUUCAACAUCCUCCAUUUAAAGUGUAAUAGAUCAGUGUGUUUCUUAUUUCGUGUAUUUGCCUUUUCAAUUGUGGAAACGUUCAUCUUCAUUUCACUUUUCGUUAAGCCUAAACCAUAAUAAACUGGAUUUACUGUAAUAUUGUAAAUGAUUUUUUUCGUAUAUAAUAAAUUAAUGGUAAACCUUGAUGAGUUUAUCAACGUGAUUAACAGAAAUGAAUACAUUAAAAGGCUGAAAAGACUUAAUUCCCAAUUCACCAAAAAAUCAACACCUAAAUCAUUGAGUUCACCCGUUCAGCCGUUAAGUCCAAAAUUGUUAAGUGCAGUUUUUAUAUGGACAACCAACAUUUGAAUCUUGUGUAUAACAUCGAGA